UUGAGGGACUGCUUUCUUUAUUUGGGGGUGUUCCCGGAGGAUUACGAGAUCCCGGCUUGGACAUUGACCCGGCUAUGGAUUUCCGAGGGGUUCGUUCAACCAAGGCAGGGACAGAGCUUGGAGGAGAGAGCACACGAGAAUCUAAUGGAUCUCAUCGACCGCAACUUGGUCAUCGUUGAUAAACUUAAAAGCAACGGUGAUGUCAAGACAUGCCGGAUUCAUGACACAGUGCACGACUUUUGUAAAGCGGAGUCCGAGGAGAAAGAGCAUCUCUUCCAAGUGUUGAGAAAAAAUGGCGAUGGAACUUUCAUCAAACCUUCUCAAAACAAUCAGCACCGCCGCAUUUGCAUUCAUUCCAAUGUCCUGGAAUUCUUCUCCACAGAGCCGUACGCCCCAGCCACUCGUUCUUUCCUUUCUUUCUCCGGAGAAGAAAUCGCCUUGCCGACAGAGGACAUCCCGAAAAUCCCGGGGGCCUUUGAGUUGGUGAGGGUUUUACAUGUGAAGCCCCUCGUGUUCAGAAUAUUUCCACUCGGGCUGACUCAACUCGUGCUUCUCAAGUACGUGGUCCUCUCUAGUGACUUCAAAGUCCUUCCGGAAGCCGUUUCCAGGCUAAGCAACAUGAUGACUCUCGUAAUCCAUACAUCGUCUCGUACUUUGGCAAUCAAAGCCGAUAUUUGGAGGUCGAUGGUCCAGCUGAGAGACUUGAGGACAAACGCGUCAAUUACUUUUCACAAAAAACCAGUAGAUGGCGAAAACCGAGGUGGCCAGCAUCUUCAGACGCUGGCCAACAUAUCACCAGACGAUUGCACCCUCGACUUGUUUGUGCGGGCACAUCGCCUCAAGAAAUUAGGCAUUCGGGGGAUACUUGCCACUAUGAAUUUCGACAACUUAGAAGUACUAAAUGACCUUGAGAAUUUGAAGCUGCUGAGUGACGACAUCCAUGAUAUCAUGACCCCACUCAGGCUUCCUCCUCCAGAUAAGUUCCCCCCGAAACUUAGGAGCUUGACGCUAUCUGCCACUUUUCUCGGUUGGGAGCAGAUGUCAUUCCUAGGAAUGCUGGAGAAUCUCGAGGUGCUCAAGCUGAAAGACAACGCGUUUGUGGGUCGGCGCUGGGAGGUGGGCACAGGUGGUUUUCGUAGCCUUGAAGUGUUGCACAUUGGGUACACGAACAUAGUUUCUUGGGAAGCUUCGGAUCACGACUUUCCUAAGCUUAAAUGCCUAAAGCUUAGAAACUGUGAGGAACUUGAAUCGCUGCCCCAAGUGCUUGCAGAUGUACCGUGCCUUGAGACAAUGGUCUUGCACCGGCUCAGUAGAACGGCUGUGGCUUCAGCUAGAAAAAUCCAGCAGCAAAUAUUGCAAAACAGAGGGGACUCUGGACGAGGCAGGGGAAUUAAGCUCUCGAUAUUUCCUCCUUAUGAAUGA